AUGGCGGAAGACGACGUCGUUUCGUCGCCGCCGGCUCCGGCGGUGGCGUUCAGGCAGCGGUGGGACGUGUUCCUGAGCUUCAGAGGCGAAGACACACGCGAGAGCUUCACCAUGAGUCUCUACAAGUCGCUCGAUAGAGAAGGCGUCCGAGCUUUCUUAGACGACGACGGCCUCAAUCGCGGCGACGAGAUUGCGCCGUCUCUGCUGGCGGACUCCGCCGCCGCCGUGGUCGUGCUCUCGCCGAGGUACGGCGACUCGCGGUGGUGCCUGGAGGAGCUGGCCAAGAUCUGCGAGUGCCGCGGGAAGCUGAUCCUGCCGGUUUUCUACCAGGUCGAUCCGUCCCAUGUCCGGCGACAGACCGGGCCGUUCGAAGAGGAUUUCAGAAUUCAUGAGAGAAGGUUUGGAGUUGAUAAGGUGUUAAGGUGGAGGAGAGCCAUGGAAAAAGUCGGUGGAAUUGCUGGUUGGGUUUUCAAGAACGGGUAA